AUGGCCAGGGAUCCCAUGGACUUGAGAACAAAUGACGCGGGGGUGGGAACGGCCGGACCUCUAUAUUAUUAUGCACAUUGUGGAGGAGGCAGACGAGGAGGAGGAGAAGAGGAAGAAGAAGAGGAGGAAGAAGAAGAAGAAGAACCCGCCCUGUCGGUAUGUGGAAGCGAGAGAUGGCGCGGCGGAGGAGGAGGAAAACCUUCUUUUCGAAGACAGAGCGGCGGGAACAUAUUUUUCUGGGAGAGGCGGGCACACAAGCAUUCCGCGAUCCUGGAUAUGUUUGCCCCAGACGAGGCCAGAGAACGAGAAGCCGAAAGCCAUCGGAGCCGGGCGCUCAUCGGCAGGCGAGAGGCCCCCUUGGCGUUUUCGUCUGGAGAUUGCCUGGGUUUAAGUUUAGCGCAGGCCGUCUCCACCGCCCAAUACGAGCAGAUCGUGCCUGGACUGGGGCGAGCAUGA